AGCCAGUCCAUCAGUUUCCUCCAUGGAAGUCUCGAGCAACGUGACGCCGUCCACCUUCUCCUCCCCUCGCGCCUCUUAAACACGCCUUAUUAUAUGCACGCAUUGAUCCGUUAAUCGCCAUCGAUCGACUCCAUCCUCAACAUGUCUCUCCCGCUGAAGUACGUCGUCGUCCUCCUCCUCUUGGCCCCCACCGUCCUCCUCGCUGCCGAGUCAGAGGCCACGCUUGAUGCUGCUGCGAAAACCUGCUCCGGUGGGGAGUGCGCCGGCAGCAGCGAGGAGGAGGAGGCGGCGAUGCCGACGGAGUCGAGCAGGCGAGCGCUGGCGGCCACUAGGUACGUGAGCUAUGACGCGCUGAAGAAGGACAGAGUGCCGUGCAACCAGCGAGGGCAGUCGUACUACAACUGCCAGCAGCACGGUAAGGCCAACCCUUAUCGGCGCGGCUGCACCAUCAUCACCAGAUGUGCCAGGAUGCUCAAUUGAUUCAACGCGACACACUCUCUAAAUAUAUAUUUAAAAAACGGUAAUUCAAAGCACAAAGAAGAAAUUAACAGUCUUCUUUGAUAAUAUAUAUAAUAGAGGUUCUUCAUGCAACAUA